ACCAACGCGAACUCGAAGAAAGCGCACAGAGAAGGUCCGUUUUGUGGUCCGUUGGGGAACUUUCUUGCAACAGUUCAACAGUGACCGCGGUUCGAGUAAGACGUUCUGUUGUUUACAGCUGAAGUUUUUUUCUCCCAAGUCAGUCAGUCGACUUCAAGUCAUCCCCCCGAAGGAACAGUGUUGCGCGGUGCUACGACGACGCAGGAGAAACGGGACGAGUCUAACGGGAGCCUUUCUCUUGUGGCCUUCGCCGCCCCUCGUCGGAACCGGAUAUCGCGACUCAGCAGCGCAAGUGACAAGUGAGAGUGGCAACAAAACCGCCUCCGAGUAGAUUAUUAUUACUUUGCGCUGGCUAUCGGGUUGUGCUGAAAGUGUUUGCUCAGUCGGGAAAGUGACAAAGUUAUUUUGCCUUCCGAGAGGAAAGGAAAGCAAAAAAAAACGGCGCCGUGUUUGCUCGGUGCACGACGGUCAAUCUAGUGGUGAAAUUAGAAGAAGCUGAGCGUUUUUUUUUUCUCGAAAGAGAAUGGAAAUUCAGUGAAAACACAUUUCUUUUGGGCGCUGGCAUCACGGAAAAGAAUGUAAAAGUUCCAAGCGAAAAACAAAUUGAAAAAAAACCGAAACGCGGUGUAAUUUUGUGGACAAGUGACAUCGACUGGCGUGGAAGCGACGAACCGACCGACCGACCGCGUGAACCUCGAAAAGACAAAAAAAAAGACGAAGGAAGAAAAGCUCAAAGACGUUCCAAGGUGGAUUAAUCGACGGCCAUGACGCGUCGAAAGUAUGCCUGUCAGCAGCUGCUACUGCUGAUGCUACUGGUGCUGACGGGAAUCGUGACCCACGCACAGGAUGCCGAGGAAGAACAACCGACAGCAUCCCCACAGGUGUCGCCCGACGGUGGAGGAAGCUGCAAAUUUCCGGGCGCUCCCGCCCACAGUACGGUCCAGUUCACGGACGAUGCGCUCCCGAACGGGGCCGUGGCGUCCUACUCCUGCGAGCGGGGCUUCGAGCUGCUCGGACCGUCACGGCGAGUGUGCGACAACGGCCAGUGGAUCCCCGAGGGGAUACCCUUCUGUGUGCUCAACGUAGCCGCCGGGAAGGCUCCGAUGCAGAUUUCGACGGACGCAUCCGGAAUACCGCAGAAAGCCAUCGACGGAUCGACGUCGGCGUUCUUCUCACCGGAAACCUGCUCCCUGACGAAACCGGAACGGGUCCCGUGGUGGUACGUCAACCUGCUGGAACCGUACAUGGUGCAACUGGUGCGGCUAGAUUUUGGAAAGUCCUGCUGUGGCAAUGGAAAACCGGCCACGAUUGUGGUUCGCGUCGGAAACAACCGACCCGAUCUGGGAACCAAUCCAAUCUGCAACCGCUUCACCGGUUCCCUGGAGGAAGGUCAACCCCUGUUCCUGCCGUGUAAUCCACCGAUGCCGGGUGCAUUCGUGUCGGUUCACCUGGAAACGAACGUCCCCAGUCAGCUGUCGAUCUGUGAGGCCUUCGUUUAUACCGAUCAGGCUCUACCGAUCGAGCGAUGUCCAGCCUUCCGGGAUAUGCCACCGGGAGCGUCGGCUUCCUACAACGGCAAGUGCUACAUCUUCUACAACCGGCAACCGGCUUCGCUGCGGGAUGCUCUGGCCUUCUGCCGUUCCCGGGGUGGAACGUUGAUCAACGAAAGUAAUCCGGCACUGCAGGGUUUCAUCAGCUGGGAACUGUGGCGAAGACACCGCAGCGAUACCUCGUCCCAGUACUGGAUGGGGGCGGUUCGCGACACCCAAGACCGAAACACCUGGAAGUGGAUCGGCGGCGACGAGGUGUCGGUAUCGUUCUGGAAUCUUCCCGGCGGUGACGAGGACUGUGCCCGGUACGACGGAUCCAAGGGAUGGCUGUGGAGUGACACCAACUGUAACACACAGCUGAACUUUAUCUGCCAGCAUCAACCUAAGGCGUGCGGUCGCCCAGAACAACCACCGAACUCGACGAUGGUGGCACCGAAGGGAUUCGACGUUGGUGCAUUCGUAGAAUACAGCUGCGACGAAGGUCAUCUGCUGGUUGGACCAUCGCAGAGAACUUGUCUGGAAACUGGUUUCUACAAUGAAUUUCCUCCGGUUUGCAAAUAUAUUGAAUGUGGACUACCGGCCUCGAUACCGCACGGAGGUUAUGACCUUAUCAAUGGUACCGUUGGAUAUCUUAGCUCUGUUCACUACAAGUGUAACGAAGGCUAUGAAAUGAUUGGCAGGGCGCUACUGACCUGCGAUAUUGAUGAACGCUGGAACGGACCACCGCCGCGGUGCGAAUUGAUUGAAUGCGAACCCUUGCCGACACUGUUCCCGAACGGUGUGGUCAUAACUCCGAACGCUACCGUAUUUGGAUCCCGUGCCGAGAUCGUGUGCAAUCGUGGUUUCAUUCCGGAAAGUCCGGACACCGAAAUCUUCUGUACUUCCACCGGACAGUGGAGUAAUUUGUUCCCGAAAUGCGUUGAAGAUCCCACCAGUAGAAUUCCGUCUACGACGGCCGCUCCGGCGACGACUCGUCCACCACCGCCGGUUGUGAUCCUGUCGACCACUGCGGUUCCGGCAACGCAGUACACACAGAAGCGGCCACAAUCACGCAAACCGACCAGACCAGUGACUCGAUUUACGACCAGCAGUUCAACGACUCAGACACCACUGUUCAGCAUUGAGAUCGACGACGGUAACGAUAGCGAUGGUUUAGACGGAUUCUACAUCGGUACUAACGAGGAUUACUCUCUCCCACCUCUAGAAGUCCGCCCGGGAAUCGUGCGGGAAGAAAGCCCGUCACGGAAACCGUACCGUCCGGGGCAAAAUCAGAACAACAUACCAAAGAAUCCAAGCGUGCAGCACGUACCUCCAAUACGGGUGAAACCGUCAUACUACGAACCGUCAACCACAACCACAACAACUACCACUACACAAACACCACCACCACAGACACGACCAACCACGACCAGUACACGGCAACAUACAACCACGUCACGCAAUCCGCAGGACAUUAUUCUGUCCCAGCACCCGCAGGACAACGAAAUCGCUGGAUCGGUCAACAUCCGGCAAGAUCAGUCUCCGAAGGUGAACGUACCGUUCGCCGUAGAUAACUCGGACGGCGAGAGUACCGGCGGUACCUACGGUGGCAUCGGGGGCAACUCAAAUCUGGGCGCUGGUUCCGGCGAUCGUAAAGAGGCCAAAAAUGCCCGACUCAAUCUCGGAGCCAUAGUCGCGCUCGGAGCCUUCGGUGGCUUCGUCUUCCUAGCUGCCGUCAUUACCACUAUUGUGAUCGUAGUGCGAAGAAACCAACAGGGUAACCAGCACUACCGGCACCGGGCCUCGCCGGACUGCAACACGGUCGCCUCGUUCUCCAGCUCCAGCUCCGAGUCGCGCAACGGGCUGAACCGGUACUACCGGCAAGCCUGGGAGAACCUGCACGAGUCCGCCUCCAAGGGUCACAACAGCAACAGUUCACACCACAGUGCACUGAAGCGCAAGGAAACGAUGGAUGCACCGCCACCGAGCCGAUCCCGUUCCCGGGAGAAUCUGGGCGGAAGCCGCUCGCGGGAUCUCGAUAGAUUUUUCAUCGACAGAUCCCGGGAGAACCUGUCAUCGAACCGCAACCGGGACUACCCCCGCGACAGUAUGGCCGUCCGGGACGGGUCCGAGAUGGUCGUGUCGGACGUGUGCGUCAAGGGCGAAAAGAAACGGCACCACCAUCAUCAUCACAAAAGCAGCCACCGGGAGGGCGGUGGCCGGAACGGGCCAGCCGACGGUGACCGAAGCCGCAACAGCCACCGGGACAGCAGCAGUGAUUUCCGGGAACCGAACAUCAUGGGCAGCGGAAAUGGAAACGGGCGCCGCGGUGAUCACCGACACUAUUGACCCCGUCGAAUGGUAAUCACUAUCAGAAUAGAGGGACGGACCGGAAGCCAUCGGCUUCUGCUCGAUCCGUCCGGGGAGUGACCCAACCGAAAAUCUCCCGCCCCUUUUCGAUAACUCUGAGCUUAGUUCUUUCCUUUUCCUUCUCAAUUUAUAAAAUUUCCUUUUCCGCUUUUCCCCCUCUCAUUGUUGUAUGUAUUUAUUUAUCACCCACAACUUCACUAGAUUUUAAGCCCGUCAUUGAACUCAAUUCGAUCAAAAUCACAUUAGAAUUAGGGAAUCUGAUAGUCAAUAGGCGAAUCCUUUUUCUUGCUUUCUACCCAUCUCUGUGUGGCACUUUUCUUGACCUUCUUCCCCGAUCCUACCUGGACGAAAUUGUUUGGCUCGUAUUUUGAUUGUGAAUUACCAUCUUUUAGAGUCCUUCACUUCCGGGACCGGUCUUGACCGCGUCAAAGCCCGACACCGAAUCAGAAAAAGUAAACAUAAACAAAAAAACAAAAUGGCGUUUUGACACGGUCGACAUUGUUCCCAGUUUCGAAAUCGAUUUUCUUCAUUCUCGUUCUCUUUUUUUUCUAUUCUUCUCCGAAUACCUCCUUACUCGUUUAUAAGUUGUUAAUUUAUUACCGUUCGUUUCCUCGGAUUCCUUAUUAAAGAUACGAUUCUGUUGUUAGAACAUUAUUUUUUUCUGUUUGUUUGUUUUGUUAACAACCGCAAGGUUUCGCUUCUCUCAAAGAGUGUUGUGUGAAGAAAAAAAAGUAGAACCUCCUUCACCGUUCCAAGAAUCGCGCGCGGAAGCGAAUUCAGAAAAGAGAAAAUAAAAAAUCAAAAGGAGGAUAAAAACAACCUAGCCUUAAGAAAGACAAAGAUUGUGGGAAUGAAACUCCAACGAAAUAUACGAAAUCGUAGAUGCAAUAUACAGUUCUAGUGGACAGCAAUUAGGGAAAAGAAAAUUAAUAAAACGAAUUCAAUUUUUAAGAUAGUUACAAUUGAAAAUAAUAAGAAACGGGAAAAAACGGCAAAACAGCAGAACUGCGAGUGCGUUUGAAAGAGUAGUGCCAUCGGAGAAGGCAUCUUGUCGUCUCGCUCUGUUUCGGACUGUUUUGUGUUUCCGUGCCCUCACACUCACUGCUUGUUUGUUUAUGAGAAGAAGAAGAAAAAAACAGAAAUUGUUUAGCUUAUUGAAGCAGUGCUGCAAGGGGGGAAAAUUUUGCAUUUCAUUUUGACGUUUAUUAAUUAUGUAAUCGAAUACAGAAAAAAAAACGGCAGACGGUUUCCUGCCUUUCUGCCCGAAACCGGCAGAACGGGGGAAACUGCUGCUAGGCGCGCUCAAGUACGUUGUGAAUUUUUGAACAUAACCUUAGACCUAUUAUUUAGACACGAAUACCAUGGACAAUCAUCAAUCUACUAAAGUUAAUCGAUGUUAUGCAACUAACACUGGACGGUAGUGACGUUUUUGUUAGUGGUAAUUUAGCGUUACAAUGCGACACACAGCAACUAAAAGUUACUAAAGAUAAUUAGUGCGAAUCGAAUCGAUGGUGGUUUAAAUCUCCCCUAGAAUACCGGACACACGCAGGUGGAAAUUUGUCCGUUCGAUCGAGCUGAAUGCGAUAUUGUCGAAUAAAAACUGUAAAUAGUUAUCGUAUUUAAUAAAGAUUAAUAAAUAAAUAAAUAAAUUGA